GUUUUUAGUUCAUGCAUGCCUUCUGACCUGAGGCUUUGCUAUGAACCUUCAACCCUGCUCAGGGAAAACAUCCCAAGUUAAAAAUUACAUUGACUGACUUUUGCACGAUGACCCCUUAGCAAGAUGUUUUACAGCCCUCACUUACUUGUUAUUUACAGAUGCAAUUCUGUGAAUUAUGUGAGAGAGGUAAUCUUAACAUGUUUAUUUUCUCGAGAAAGGGGAAGAUAAGUAACUCCUUUAAGUUCCCAGAAAGAAUUAAUAGGAGAUUCAGGACUUGUUCCAUCUUAAUGCUCUUCCCUUUAUUUUUCCAUGCCUGGAGACCUUGAAACCUGUUGACCAGUACCUGAAAGCAAGCUUCUCCAAACAUAUUAAUGCAAUAUUCCAUGGCUGAUUUUCUGAUUACAGACAAACUAUUCUGUAUUGGCUGUUUCUGCUCCUCCAGCUGUAAGGGCGUCUCCUGCUUCCAAAUAACACUGGUGUAGAACAGUACAGAAGUGUCACAGUUCAUCUUCUUAGGACUAAGCAAUGUCCCAGAACUGAAAUGCUGCACAACAUGAAACUCAUGGACCCUCACUCCAUCAUUCCCUGUAAGAAGAUAGAAUCUCUCCAGGAGAGCUCCUCUCAUCAUCUAUUGCAGGAAUUCUUAGCAUCUCAGCAAAAUGUUAACCAGCUCAUAAGUGAAUUUGCUUAGGUGGCUGAUGGAAUGAAGCAAAUUUCAAAGUGACUGCAGAAUAUAACUACCCAGUUACUUCACUGUAUUUCAUCUCACUGCAUAUCAAAUGUCCUGCUAUUAAGAAAAAAAGCAAAUGUGUCAUCCAAGUGUGAAUAUAUGUCACACCUGAUAAUAUUCAAGAAAAUAUAUACAGCCUUUGAAAAUAAUUCCCAAAGGAGCUCCAGAAAUGGUUUGAAGGUAAAAUCAUUAAAGUCCAAAACCUUUGAAAGUGACCACUGGAAAGGAAAACACUAAUUUCUCUAGCAGAGCAACUGUGAGAUCUAGGAGGAGCCUCACUCUCCACUCUGGAAAAGAUAAGAACUGAAGAGUAAAUAAAUACCCAAGAGAAACACAUCACUACAAGAAAAGAGGCAGAAGUGCAGGAACUUCUGCAGAUGACUGUCUAUCCCAUUCAUGAAGAUUUCCAAGGUAAAGUAUACCAAACCCUCUAUCAUGAAUUCAUUCCCAUGCACCAUGAUUGGAAACUAGCUACUAAAUAGAUAAUUCCAAAUAAAAUUGUACACUCCUGCUUUUACUCAAGCAAUAAAGCAACUCAGCCAAGAAGAGCUCAGUGCAUCCUGUCCUUUUGCACAAGACAUGCUUGUGGGGAAACUUGUCUUCAACCAGUCUGACCGCGCUGAGUUUGUGUUCCGUGUGUUCACUACAGCCACUGAAUUCCAGGUUCUUCUCUUCCUUCUCUUCCUCCUCCUCUACUUGAUGAUCCUCUGUGGCAACACAGCCAUCAUCUGGGUGGUGUGCACACGCAGCACCCUCCGCACCCCGAUGUAUUUCUUCCUGUCCAACCUAUCUUUCCUGGAAAUCUGCUACACCACCGCGGUAGUACCCUUGAUGCUUUCCAACAUUUUUGGGGCCCAGAAGACCAUUUCGUUGGCUGGAUGUGGGGCCCAAAUGUUCUUCUUUGUCACCCUCGGCAGCACGGACUGUUUUCUCUUGGCGAUCAUGGCCUAUGACCGCUAUGUGGCCAUCUGCCACCCGCUGCACUACACCCUCAUCAUGACCCGCAAGCUGUGCGCGCAGAUGCUGGUCGGGGCCCUAGGCCUGGCCCUCUUCCUCUCCCUGCAGCUCACCGCCUUAAUCUUCACCCUGCCCUUCUGCGGCCACCGCCAGGAAAUCAACCACUUCCUCUGCGAUGUGCCUCCCGUCCUGCGCCUGGCCUGCGCUGACAUCCACGUGCACCAGGCUGUCCUCUAUGUAGUGGGCAUCCUCGUGCUGACCAUCCCCUUCCUGCUCAUCUGCGUCUCCUACGUGUUCAUCACCUGCGCCAUCCUGUGCAUCCGUUCUGCCGAGGGCCGCCGCCGGGCCUUCUCCACCUGCUCCUCCCACCUCACCGUGGUCCUGCUGCAGUAUGGCUGCUGCAGCCUCGUGUACCUGCGUCCUCGGUCCAGCACCUCAGAGGAUGAGGACCGCCAAAUCGCAUUGGUCUACACCUUUGUCACCCCCUUACUCAACCCUUUGAUUUACACCCUUAGGAACAAGGAUGUCAAAGAUGCUCUGAGGAAUGCCAUUAUCCAUAAAGCAGCCUCUGAUGCCAACUGAAGGUUUAGGGGCACUGGGCUGGGUGUCUGUCUGUUGCUAUGUCGAUGAACUCUAAAUGACACAGAAUUGUAGUACUUUCCCACACUUUGCACUUGAUGUUUCUUUUUUGCCAUAUUUGCCCCAAGUUCAACAAUUCAUGCUUAUUUUUCUGAGUGCUUUGACUAAGAUACGAAAAUUUGGGCAGAACUUACAGUGUAGGAAUGUUAGUUUACUUAGCUCUACUUUAAGGAUUUGCAGCUCACCCAUGUCAAGUGCUGUAUUAGGAACACCCCAUACGUACUAUGAAUAAAGGCUGAUAGACUUGC